AUGGCCACGCACGGGAAGCUGCGUCGGGAGAGGGGCCCGCAGGCUGAGUAUGAGACGCAAAUCAAAGAGAUGCGCGGCCAGCUGAGUGAGCAGCUACGCUGCCUGGAGCUGCAGGGUGAAUUGCGGCGGGACCUGCUUCAGGAGCUGGCAGAGUUCAUGCGUCGCCGUGCAGACGUGGAGCUCGAGUACUCCAGGGGCCUGGAGCGCCUGGCCGAACGCUUUUCAGGCCGCAGCGCCCGCCUGGGCAGCAGCAAAGAACAACAGAUUUUCCGGAAGGAGCCAUCACUCCUGUCACCCUUGCACUGCUGGGCCGUGUUGCUGCAGCAGACACGACAACAGAGCCGUGAGAGCGCCGCCCUGAGCGAGGUGCUGGCCGGUUCCCUGGCCCAGCGCCUGAGUCAUAUUGCAGACGAUGUCAGCCGCCUAGUUCGGAAGAGUAAGGAUCUGGAGCAGCAACUACAGGAGGAGCUGCUGGAGGUGGUGUCGGAGCUGCAGACGGCCAAGAAGACGUACCACGCAUACCACACUGAAAGCCUGAGCGCCGAGGCCAAGCUCCGUGAAGCUGAGAGGCAGGAGGAGAAGCGGGCAGGCCGGACAGUGACUACUACCACCACAGAUGCAGGACCUGUCCGCAAGGGCUCUCUCAAGAAGUGUGGGCGGCUGGUGGAGAAGGUGAUGUGACCUGUGCCCCUGGUUCUCUGGGCUGUUUGCUGCUGUUGGCUUGAGGCAGCCCAGUUGGUGAAUCCAUGUACUUGUGUGGCUGAGCAGCGUCAAGCCAAGUUCUUAGAGUACAAGCUCAAGUGCACAAAGGCACGGAAUGAAUACCUGCUCAACCUGGCCAGUGUCAAUGCUGCCAUCAGCAACUACUACCUCCAUGAUGCCUUGGACCUCAUAGAUUGCUGUGACACAGGCUUCCACUUGGCCCUGGGCCAGGUGCUUCGGAGCUACACAGCUGCUGAGAGCCGCACCCAGUCCUCCCAGAUGGAGGGUCUGGGCAGCCUGGAUGAGGCCGUGGAUGCCCUGGAUCCACUGGGAGAUAAGGCCAAAGUGCUGGAGGUACACGCAAUGGCCUUCUGUCUGCCACCACGCUUUGACUACCACCCCCAUGAGGGAGAUGAGGUGGCUGAGAUCCAGGUGGACAUGGAACUACGGGAGGAGAUUCUUCCCAGAGCCCAGAAUAUCCAGAGCCGCCUGGACCGCCAGACUAUCGAGACGGAGGAGGUGAACAAGACCCUGAAGGCUACACGACAGGUCCUGCUGGAGGUGGUAGCCUUGGAUGACGGGGACACACUUGAUUCUGUGCAGGCUUGUCCCUCAACCGAGUCCCUUAAGUCCACCAGUUCAGACCCUGGUGCCCGGCAUGUUGGGCGGCGACGGGGCCAGCAGCAGGACACUGAGAUCUUCUUCCUGACGAAGCUGCAGCAGUACCUGAGUGGCCGGAGUGUCCUGGCAAAGCUACAGUCGAAGCACGAAAUGCUGCAGGAAGCCAUUCAGCGAGGUGACAAGGCAGAGCAGGAUGCCACUUGGCCAUACUAUACCCAGAAAAGGCUCCAGAAGGGUCGUCAGCCCCGCCCCACCUCCCAGUACAACCAGAAACUCUUUGGCGGAGACAUGGAGAAGUUCAUCCAGAGCUCCGGCCAGUCGGUGCCCCUGGUGGUGGAGAGCUGUAUUCGCUUCAUCAACCUCCAUGGCCUACAGCACGAGGGCAUCUUCCGGGUCUCAGGUGCCCAACCCCGGGUCUCCGAGCUGCGUGAAGCCUUCGAGAGAGGGGAGGACCCGCUGGUGGACAGCUGUACAGUGUCUGACCUGGACUCAGUGGCUGGGACGCUGAAGCUCUACUUCCGGAGCCUGGAGCCUUCGCUCUUUUCCCCAGAGCUCUUCAUGGAGCUGCUGGCAUGUGCUGAACUAGAGGCUUCUGCGGAGCGUGUGGAGCAGGUGUGCCAUCUACUGGGCCGGCUGCCCGGGCCCGUGCAGGUGGUGCUGCGUUACCUCUUCACCUUCCUUAACCACCUGGCCCAGUACAGCGAUGAGAACAUGAUGGACCCCUACAACCUGGCUGUGUGCUUUGGGCCCACACUGCUGCCAGUGCCUGCUGGCCAGGACCCCGUGGCCUUACAGGGACGAGUCAACCAGCUGGUACAGACCCUCAUCCUGCAGCCAUCACGGGUCUUCCCCGACCCCAGCCUGCUGCCAGGUCCCAUCUAUGAGAAGUGCAUGGCGCCCCCUGCCAGCUGCCUGGGGGACACUGUGCUGGAGGGCCUGGCGGGAGAAAAUGAGCUGGAGUUGGAAGGUGGUGCUACAGCCCAGGAGAAUGAUAUGGAGGGCAUCGUGGAGGCAGUGGCCUGCUUUGCCUACACAGGCCGCACGGCCCAGGAGCUGUCAUUUCAGCGUGGGGAUGUGCUCCGGCUGCACCAGCGUGCCUCAGAUGACUGGUGGCGAGGCGAACAUGAGGGCACCUGGGGUCUGAUUCCACACAAGUACAUCACAUUGGCUGCUGGGUGUGUGAUCUCUCAGCUGCCUUCACCCCCACAUGCCUGUGCCCAAUCCUUGGAGAAACGACCUUCACUAGAAAUACCUGUCUCCCUCCCCAGGGCUGACAAGCAAGCAGUUGGGCUGCAGGCGAUGGGGGAGCCACUGGCCAGUCCCGAGGGGCCCCUGGCCAUGGACUCCAUCCCUCGGCACAAACAGCAGACUUUGACGUCCCCUUCUGCCGAGCGACACAUGGAGCUAGACAAGGCCAUUGCCCAGACCAUGGGCUCUGUGUUUAAGGAGCUCCUGGACAAGACUGUCCGCCAGGGCCUGGGACCUAGUGAUGGCCCCAGUGCUGGAACCCGCAGCCCGAAAGUUCCUGCCUGUCACCGGCACACCAAGAGCUUAGGCUUCUUGCGGAGCCCUGGGGCACCGGCCUUGCCCUCCGAAUCACAUCCUCAGGGCUUGGACCCCAUGCUCAAGCCACACUGAGCCCCCCCUGCUGCUUCCUCCCCCCACAUCCCUUUUGCUGGCCAUCCAUGUGGAGCCAUUCAUAAAGACCCAUGACUUGAA